GUUUAACAUGAGGGUUUAUCUUCUACAAAUAAUCGACGCUCGAGCAUGGGAGAAGAAUAGGAUUAGCAACAAUGGCUUGCUACUCUUGUGCUGCGGUAAUAGGAGCAAACCCCACGCCGAUAAAAUCUUCAAAUUUCCAAAUUUUCACUCCCAACGAUAGUCUUUCACUCCCAAUUAUCCCAACUAUCAAGAAAAUAAUUCUCAGAACCAACAGACCCCUUUCAGUCCUCCAUUGUUCAAGCUCCAACUUUUCCUCAGCAACACUUUCACAGUCAGAAACCGAAGACGAUGAGUACAGCGGUGAAGAAGAAGAAGAAGAAGAAGACGACGAAAGCGGAAAUGGGUCGGCGUCAUUUUCUGCGGCGGCGGCGGCGACGGGGAGUUUGCCGCCGUUGAAACAGAAAAGAAGGAGGUACAGAAAGCAAUACCCUGGCGAGAUCAAGGGUAUCACUGAAGAGAUGAGGUUUGUGACGAUGAAACUCCGCAACAGCGGCAAACCGUCAAAGAGUAAGCCGAUAGGUGAGAGUGACAAAGAAGAAUCGGAAGAGAGUGGCAGUGAAGAAGCAAUGGAGGAAGGUGAGGUCAGUGACAGUGAAGGGUCGGUUUCAGUGGAUGAAGAUGAUGAGGAUGGAAAUGGAAAGUCUUGGCAGCCUAGUACGGAAGGAUUCUUGAAGUACCUUGUGGAUACUAAGCUUGUGUUCGGCACAAUUGAACGCAUUGUUGAUGAAUCCAGCGAUGUUUCUUAUGCUUACUUCAGAAAGACGGGAUUAGAACGAGCAGAUUGCAUUUCCAAAGAUUUAGAAUGGUUUAGCCAACAGGGUAAUGUUAUUCCAGAACCUAGCAGUCCUGGUGUUGAUUACUCUAAGUAUCUCGAGGAGCUCGCGGAGACUAAUCCCCCAUUGUUUCUCUGCCACUUCUACAACAUAUACUUCUCCCAUAUAGCUGGAGGUCAAGUUAUAGCUAAAAAGGUUUCUGAAAAGCUCUUAGAAGGAAGAGUAUUGGAGGUCUACACGUGGGAAGGAGACCCCGAGAAGCAGCUGCAGGGUGUAAGGGAGAAGCUCAACAUGCUCAGUGAGCACUGGUCUAGAAAGGAGAAAAACAAAUGUUUGCGGGAUAUACCCAAGGCAUUCCGGUUUAUGGGGCAGAUAGUCCGGUUAAUCGUCUUCCUGUAAAACGGGCAGUUCCAGCCCGAAGAGUGCACUUAUAGCUUUGGAUGGUGAGUUUGCAGCAUGCUUAUUUACCUUACCUCCAAUACCGGCAUUAAGUGUUUUUCCCCCUUUCGGUUUUGGAUCUUCGAUUCUUCAUAUCAGAUUGAUUAUAGCUGUUUUUACUAUCUAUUAGACAAUGAAAGCUUUCUGCUUUAGUUUGAUUAUCCUGAAAUCAUACUUAAAAUGUGCAUCCUUUUCGCUUGUUGAUAUGUAAAUCUCACUUGAUGAAGACAUGGCGCAAUGAAACAUAGCCCAGAAUGGUUAGUAUUC